AUUAAAAUGAACUGAAAAAUGUCGCAACUUCUAACCCUGGAGCAGACCAGUAAACUUAUCAAGUUUCCUAAAGCUGUUUCAUAUCAUUUAGGACAUUCUACAGGUUUUGAAAGCAAUGAUUUUGACGGGAGCGCAGAUUUGGGGAUCACCUCAUUGGAUGGGAGUAUUGCAGCAAUUGCAAAGGGCUGCAACCUUGAUGUUUUGAAUCUGGAAACUAAUGAGAGGUUGGCUGCUUGGACCUUUACAUCACAAUCUGGAGAUCAGGAGCCCGAGGUUUCCAGUCUUCUAGUUGUAGCAGAAGAUAAACCGACCUCCAGAUCUAGUCUUGUUCUUGUCGGAAUAAACUCUGGUGCUGACGGGGGACAACUCUGUUUGUUUGAUAUUCCUCAAUCUAAACCUAUUCGAUGUAUCUCUCUUCCUUUCCCGGUCACAAGUCUUGCUCUUGUAUCCUCAGUUGGGGGCCCGAGUGCUGCUGGGUAUUUUCAUCCCUCUCUCAGAUAUUUUCAUGGUAUUGUAGCGGUGGGGAUGGCGCAGGGUCAUUUAUAUCUACUGGAUCUAGCACUGGACGAAAAUGUAACCUCGACAGAUUUAUCGCCUGCUGGGGUCGUCUUCAUAGAUCCUCUGUCUAGAGAUUUAGCCAGGCAUAGACGUGACGCCGUGUCUCGUCAGAAUCAUGUUGCUCUUGAUCUUACUUGUGAUAUUAGAGGUCAAGUCUUUAUAUGGGAGCAGGUGUCCUCUGGAUCUUUCUCCAGUCCAUCUUCAAGGAAAGAAAUUCAGUUCUCCGUGGACGAUGUGAAGAUCACCUCCCUGCACUACUCCGGGUUUAACGCAUCCCUUGCCGUCGGGUUCAAUCUUGGCACUUGGAGACUUAUUUCAUUACAAACGUUACAGAUUGAUCACAGUAGUGUUUAUGUAAGAAGUGAUAAACCAGUCACGCAAAUUUCAUUCCAAGAACCAGAAAAUGAUCCAAGGAACUAUGUAUAUUACUGGAUUGUCCGAAGUGAACAAGAAGAUGACACGGAUAGUUUAGCAGUAGCUACCCUUUACAGUUUAACCUACAGGAAUAAACAGCUUGAGUUUGUCGGUGAUGAAGAGCUACCUCUCUACACAGACCUGGAGAGCUUAGUUAUCAGGUUCGAGCAUAUACUAGGAGGGGAGGAUGAACCGAAUUGUAGUUGGUGUAUUGGAAUGUAUACCCUCGAAUUACGUCCAGGAUACUCGAGCAAUGAUACUAGUGAGACGGACCAUAGUAAAGAUUACGGACUAAAUGUUAUAAUCUGGAAAGCAGGAACUAAACCCUCUACUGCUGCUACAUAUCUAGGCGUCUUUGAUAUAAAUGCCUGGUAUCAGGCCCAGAUGCCUGCUAGUUUCAGUGUAGAUGAAUCCGAUGAACUGUGCAGUUACUUUAGUCAUAGUCUUCUUGAAGACCCGUUCGGUACUUCAGGGGGUAUACUGGACGUUACAGUUUUCAGGGAUACAGUUACUAGGUUCAAUGGUUCUGGUCCGGUUCUUGAACAGCAUUGUUACCCAAGCAGUCUCAAGUUUGAUCUAGUAGUGGUGACCAGGGACGGGUUCCUCACCGCUAGUCAUCUUGGUAUACAGAGACGAGUUCUCAACGAGCUAGCGUGCCGGCCAUCCUCCCUUGUACAACCUAGUCAGCUGUAUCAGAUCUGUCUAAUGGCAGGGCUAGCACAGGGAAACAUGAUGGAACCGUCUCUUCUUACACAACGAGAACUCCUCCUUAACAUCGCCCUGGAGUACAACAUGGUUGGAUUAAUUGUUGGUGCUGUGCGGGCCUGGUCGGAUGGUAAAUAUUCCAAGGCUGGAUGUACACUCAAGUUUAUGCUGGACUGGGCCUGGAAAAGGGUUGCAGCGAUCAAGGAAAAACUGGAUUUUUCCACAUUGCCUCUGUUUGAUCUGAGUAUAGUUGAAGCGGACGAGGGGAGUAAGCAGCUGCUAAGCAAGCUGUCAGGACAGCUGGCACAUCUGGUUAGUAUAUUGUCAGCUGUCGGAGCAGCUUCCGGGAUUGUUACUCAGAUUGGGUUGGAACAGUUGGAGUGCAGACAAAAUGUUACUGGUCUGGUUCUGUUGUACACACAAGCUGUCACCUGGUUUGUUAACAUGGGUCUUCUUCCUGAACAACCGGAAGGAAGAUCAAAUCCAUAUCCGGUUCAAUUUCUAAUAGGCAAUAACUCAUCUAAACAGCUUCAAUUUAAGAGUGGCGGAGCUGGUGAUUAUCCUCCUCCCAACCUACACGCUUUACUCUCUAUCUUCCUCUCAGAUACUCCAGCACCAGCCAAGUUGAGAUUGGUCCAGUAUUUGUUCCUGGAUUUAGCUCAGAUACUGGAUCCACAGCUGUGGUCUGAUCUUGUAGAUAAUCUGAUCAAGUUCCCAUCUGCAUUCAGUCUACCUCCUUCAAUCAUUAAAUUAACUCAGGCAUUCUGGUUACUAGAUCAUGAAGAUUGGGAGGAAUCUGUUUCCAUGAUGCUUGAUCCACUCCUACAGGAGGACGACCUCUCUCCAGAGCACCACAGGGCCAUUCUGACCGCUCUACUCGCGCAGGGUCAAUUUGCAUUAGCUCUUAAAUAUUCCAGGAUACGUCGUCCCCCUGUACUAUCAGAACUAGAUGUUCAACUACAAAUCAGUGUUCUUCUGCAGAACGGAGCAAUUCAGGAAGCGUAUACGUUCCAGAGAUCUCGCCAGGGUUCUCAGGGUCGCCCUGAGCUUCUCCAGCAGUUCUAUCAGAAGGCGGAGCAGCUUAAUAAACUAGAUUCAGUUCUUAAACUCUCAUUGUCAGUUCAAGAGGAGGAACAGUUAGUCAGGUUUCUGCAGGAAAGUAAGAAACCCCAUAGCAAGGAAGCACUGCUUAUGUAUUAUCUACAGAGAUCCAGGUACACCGAUGCCAUGCAGUUGAAUGAGAAGCUGAAGAAUAUUGGCGGAGGUCCGAAGGCUGCUGCAAGAGAGGCUAUCAUGGAUAGAUACAGCAGCAUCCUCCCCAGCCUUGCUAAGGGAUACAAGACCCUGGUUACUAAGACAGAUGUUCCAAGGUCCAGACCUGAACCUGUUCAAGUUGUACCGAAUAACAUGAACAUGAGCCUGAUGAGCCGAGCUAGGAAUAUUGAGGACUCUUUGGGAACUCCGAAACAUAAUCUUCCAUCCCAAACUCCUUUCAGGAAUCGUGGAGGACGAAGAGUAGGUAUUGGAUUAUUAGGAGAAAGGACGGAUCCAGUGAAAAGAAAACUAUCUGAGUAUCCAACCCUCUCAUACCCAACCUCAGACAGUACCAUAGAAGAAUGUGAGACUACAAGGAAUGAUCUAAUAUCUCCUCCCAGCAAGAGAACCAGGAUGUCAGAUAUCUCAUCUUUAACAAUGUCCACCAAAACACAGAGGAGACUCUCAAGGUUUAUGACUGCGGAUGCAUUGACUAUCCUGGAAACUCCUGUGAUAGUUAAGAGAAGUAUGAGAAGAACUGGAACUCCUGAGGACAUUAGACGAGAUGCACAUACUCCUCAAUCCAUACUCAAGGUGAAAAAACUAAUUCAAGAGAACUCUCCAGCUCUCGACCAGGAAACAUCUCCCAGUGAAUCACACCUGCCUGGUAGAAAUUCUCGCGAGGGGACUCCCGGCAAAUCUAUCCGGUUCAAGGUACCGAAGAAAAUUCCGCCUCCAGACUUCUCUGUUCCCAUGCCGGCUGGCGAGGCGGAGACUACUAUAUUCUCUCCUAGUCUUGUAUCCCCUAGGGCGGAGUUGGCGACUAGUUCAGAUGUAGAAAUAUCCUUCCAGGUUCCUGUUCGCAGGGUUGAUGAUUCCAGAUUUAACAGGAUGAAGGUUCGGAGUAUAAGUGAAAGUUCUAAAAUGAGUUCUGAAGGGAAUGAUAGUUAUCAUAGUAUUGUAGAAGAUAAUCCAAUCCCGGUCACUAGUCCUCCGCUAAGUACAAAGCUGGAUGAUGUGAUGGAAAAAGGAAAAGCCAAACUUCAGGAAACUUUGGAGAGAAUAUUGGAGAAGGAAACUGGUAGAGAAACUCCUGGUGUUAGUCAAGAUAUUGAUGCCCCUGUUGAUGAUGCAAUUGAAGUAGUUGAUGAUGAGGUCGACCCUGAGGCUGACCUUGACGAUGAUAAGGAUUCUGAUGAUCUCUAUUACGAGAAUAGAAGCUUCGAGAGAAAAGAAUGCGACCUCGAGGUUGAGUCCGAGGAUGAAUCACCGAAGAAGGUCGAGCUCUCCUUUGAUAUGGACGCACCUAGGAUGGGAGACCGGACAAUGCAUAAUAUGAUCGAGAAACUGAUCGAGGAAGAACUUCCAAAAAUGGAGAAGCGAGAUUUGGACAGAAAAGAAAAGGAGAAGAUAGAGACGGAGACAAGAAGGCGGUCCAUGUGGCCGAGAAUGUACGAUGAUGCUUCGGGGGAGGAGGAGGAGGAACCUGCUCCUGAACCUGCUUAUAAGGAGGUUGAAGAGCCGCAGCAGAUCUUGGAAUCUCCCCUGGAAGCAGUUUCAUUUCGAAUGUCGGUUUCAAGUGAUGAUAUUAGUCUGCUAGAUCCUGGAACACCAGGACCUGACAUUAAAAUUCUACCAGCUGAAGCAGUUCCAUUUCGAAUGUCAGUGUCAAGUGAUGAUAUUAGUCUGCUUGCUCCGGGUACACCAGAACCUAUUGCUAAGAUUCUACCGACUGAGACUACAUUUCAAAUGUCGGCCUCAGCAGAGGAUGAGAGUAUUCUUGAUCUUGAACCUGAACCCGUUCCUCAAAAUAAACUAAGUACUGAUUUGGAUUUUGUGGAUGAAAAUGCUUCUGUUCGAGAGAACUCAUUUUUAAACAUCAGUAGUGUGGAGGAAGAAGAAAAGCGUCUGGAUGAACUCCUGGAUGGGUUGGACCAGGAAGUAGAGAAGAAACCCGGCUCAGCCCUCUCAUUCUCAUACGAUUCUGUCACAACAGACGUAGAGAAGUUUUCCGGAGUUGUUCAGACAGGGUUCCUGGACAUAGCGGAGCAGGAGGAACCAUUCGAGAUAAUCUCCGAUACUGAGGUGGACAGCAUCAGACAGGACGAACUAGGGAUUGAUGAACCUCGUCCAGAUGAUUUUACUGAGGAUUCUGACGAGUGUAAGAAUGAUGAGGAUGGAGCAAGGGUGGAUAUGAGAGCACUGCUUGAAGUUAAGGAUGCUGAAAAGAAGGAUUCAAUGAGAGAUUUACUCGAUGAUAUCAGCACUACUGCUACAAGGGCUAGUUCAGUUUGUGGCUCUAUGUGGAGUGAAUCACAGCACGACACUAGUUAUAUCUUUGCAGAAGCGGAGGUUAUAUCAGAUAAAGCUGAAGAGGUAGCUAUUGUUGAUCAGGUCUUCAAGAUGAGUGCUCCACUAGAUACAUCACAAAUGAUAGAAGAUAUGGAAGUUGAUGAACCUAUGGGAAAGAAUGAGGAUAAGGAUGAAGAUGAACCUGUAUCUGAUGAAGAAGACGAGGAUGAAGAAGAACCCGCGAAACUAAACUUCUCCUGGACUGCAGUCCCCCGUCCUGAAAAGUCUGCACUAAUGGUUUUACAAGAGGAAAUAGAAAAGGAAUUACUUUUCUCUGUACCCCAUACCGAGGGUGAAGGUUCAGACAUUGAACCUGAUAAUCAGGAGACUACAUUCAACUUUGCUCAGCCUCUAGAUGUUUCUAUGCAUAUGUUGGAAGAAGAUGAGGACAACAUGGAGAACCUUGCUACCAAAGCACCUGUAGUAAUUGAGGAGAAAGUUGAUAAUGAAACUAAUCAAGUUAAAUCUUCAGAUUAUGAUCUUCCUUUUUCAUUGUCAGAUAGCGAGGAUGAGGAGGAAGAAAACAAUUGUGAGAAGGAAGUAGAAAAGGUAGAUAUUGACGAGACAGAAAUCAUAACUCCCAUUGAAGUAUCUGCUGCACCGAUUGCAGUAGACAGUUCUGUUGUUGAGAAAAAAGAAGAUAAUACUGAAAAUCUCGAAACACAUGAAAUUUCUGUUGAGAAGGGGCAAGAUGUUAAUAUUGGAACUGUUAAAACUGCCAAAGAUGAAACUAAUGAUGUUGAAACAAUUGAUCCUGAAACUGUUCAAUCUGAGGAUGAAGUUGAUAAAAAUGUUGCGUCUGAGAAGGAAACUCAUAAAAAACUAUCUUCUAACAGUGAAGAAGAAAUGAUUUCGGAAACAGGCAUUGCACAUGAAGAUAAUGAUUUUGAAAAUAAAAAAGAAGAUUCAAAAGUGGAAGAUAUUAUCAAAGAUGGAGAUAAAGAACCACAGGAUAAACUAGAACUUGUUCUUGAACCUGAUCAGACAGAAAAGGAAUCUUUGACAGGAGAAGCAGGUUCAAGUCCUUGCCCCAAAUCUCCAGUUGUCGAAUCUGUUGAACUAGUUGGAGUGCGAAGACCUAGAAAAUCCGCAACCCCUGUAGUGAAAUCAAUAAUUGAAUUAAAACCAACGCCAUCUACGCCUCUCACACCUAGUAUCAGGAAAAGCAAAUCUUCCCAGUUGUCUGUUCAAUCUGAGGUUAAAUCUACUCCUAAGCGAGGCCGGCCUCGUGCUGUUGCCCUAGACCUUGAUGUUAGUUCCACACCUUCAAGACAAGGAAGAACUCGUCAGGCAUCUGCUGAGGUUGAAAGUUCUCCUGUAAGACGAGGAAAAGCUAGUUUAGUUCUUAUUGAACCUGAGGCUGUGUCCUCUCCAGUUCGGAGAAGAAGAUCUCAAGUUCCAACCAUGGAGGUUGAAUUAACUCCUUCAGGGAAAUCUAGCAAACAAGAUGAGACUGAGACUGGAUCAAUAUCCCUCAGAAAAAGGAGGCCGUCUUUAGUUAUCCCUGUAACAGUCCUUGAUAUAACUGAGAUACAGGAAAAGGAUGAAGAGGAUUCCAAGGUUGAAUCUCCGCCAAAGCGCAGAGGCCGACCUCGUAAGACAGAAAUAUCUCAAUUUAGCAAUACUCCCGCUGAAUUAACCGAAGUCCAAAUCUCAGCUAGAGAAACAAAAUCCAUGAGAGGAGAAACUACUCCCUCUCCAGCAAAACCAGAUUCAACCCAGGAACCAGAAGUAAUUCCAAGACAAUCUGCAAGAUCAGUUAGUACUCCAGUUAAUACCCCUUUAAUAACUCCAAGCAAACUGAAGAAAAGAACUCCAAGCCUUAUGACAAUUCCUCUCAUAACUCCAGUCAAGUCCUUAAGAAAUACUCCGGUUUUAAGCGACGAUACUCCACUGACUCCGACUAGAAGAAGUCGAAGAAUCUCUGGAAUUCUGGACGAUUCUGGAAGUCGGGGAGGACUUUCAUUUACUGCUCCGGAUGGUGGAGUUAUUAUUGGUAGUACUAGACAAGGUUAGACAAUUCUUUUACCAGUU